AUGAUAGGGUAAAUAAGUGAUUGGAUUGAACACACUGAAAAAUGCAGUCCUACUGAUGGAGAUAAUACAGAUCCAAAUGAUAAUAUAUUAUUAACCCAAACUACUUAAAAUUAAACUGAUGGAGAUAGUGUUUGUAAAAGAGAUUACUUAUGGAGUAAAGAAAUAACGUAGUUGAAAAUGGAAAAAAAAUUAAGAACUCAAUGA